GCUUGCAGUUGCAUUAUUUUCGGGAAGAGGGACGUUACUUGACAGGAAGGGUUAGAAAGAUUAUGAAUUUGCUCUCGACCAGAAGGGAAAGAAACUCGUCGGACAAAACAUUUUUCGUUUGGAAUAUUCCCAUACCUACGGAUUUUGUCAAGAUUCAGUCAGUCUUUAUAGUUUCACAACGGAUAAUUCUAUUCUGGAUCUAUGAACAAAACGAUAGGGAAGUAACGUUAGACUUGGAUAGCUCGCUAGAGUCUGGAUGCCAAGUCCGGGGGUGAUGGAGCUGGGUAGGCAACUGUGUGGGAAGAUGAGGAGGUCGAGGAGAGCCGAGGGCCCCGUCACUGUGCCCAUGAGGGGUCUGGAGAUCCAUUUUUACCUGCCAGAUAUGCCGCAGCUGGGAUUCCUCAAAGACAGCUUCACCGCUGAGGAACUGUGUGUCGAGGCCGCCACAAUAUGCUAUAUCUCCCCCCUGUGCCAUAAUCUGUUUGGUCUGUAUGAUGAGAGCAGGACUCUGUGGUACGCUCCCAACCACCUCUUCAAGAUCACGGACGAGACCUGCAUCAAGCUGCACUACCGCAUGAGGUUUUACUUCACUAACUGGCAUGGGACCAGUGAGAGUGAGUCUCCGGUGUGGAGACAUUGUAUCAGUAAACUGAGAGGAGGACUCAGCCCACAGAAGAUCCCAGAGGGUACACCCUUACUGGACUCUGCCUCCCUCGACUACUUGUUCUUCCAGGGCCAGAAUGAUUUCCAGAAGGGUCUGGCUGUGGUGCGUAGCCAGCAGAGUGAGGCGGAGCAGCAUGAGAUAGAGAAUGAGUGUCUGGGCAUGGCUGUACUGGCCAUCACUCACUACGCUAUGACCAAAGAAAUACCUCUCUCUACUGCUUCCAAAGAGAUCAGCUACAAACGUUUUAUCCCGGAGAACCUGAACCGGAGCAUAAAACAGCGCAACAUCCUCACCCGGCUCCGCAUCAACAACGUCUUCAAGAACUUCCUGAAUGAGUUCAACAGUCGCACCAUGCAGGACAGCAACAUCACGCUGUACGACCUGAAGAUCAAGUACCUGUCCACCCUGGAAGGCCUCACCCGGAGCCUGGGGAGGGAGGUGUUGGAGCCCAGGGCCCUGGUACUUACCCAGGAGGGAGAGACAAACGGGGGGCUGAGCCAUGGACCUGAGCCCUACCUGGCCAUAGAGGUCCAGGUUACUGGGACCACAGGGAUCUCCUACAGGAGGAAGCCCCCUAAUAAUAGCCUGAUGCUGAAAGAGAAGACAAAGUCCAAGAAGAACAAGUUUGAGGGCAAACAGAAGAAUGACAAGAAGAGCGAAGCCAGCGACGACUGGGUGACGUUCUGUGACUUUCACGAGAUCACACACAUCGUUAUCAAAGAGUCCUCUGUCACCAUCUUCAGACAGGAUAACAAGAAGAUGGAGGUGCAGCUGGAGUUUAGAGGCGAGGCGCUGGCGUUCGCUGCUCUGGUGGACGGUUAUUUCCGUCUGACGGUGGAUGCCCAUCACUACCUUUGUACAGAGGUGGCUCCUUCUUCUGUGGUGCAGAACCUACAGAACUGCUGUCAUGGACCUAUCUGUACGGAGUAUGCCAUCCAGAAGCUUCGUCAGGAGGGCAACGAGGAGGGAACCUACGUCCUGCGCUGGUCCUGUACUGACUACCGUAACAUCAUCAUGACCGUGGUCUGCAAAGAGUUGGAUCUGUGUGAGUCGAGGCAGGUGCAUUUGUAUAAGAACUUCCAGAUCGAGGUGGGUUCUGAGGGAUUCCGUCUGUUUGGGACCGAGACCUACAGAUCUUCUCUCAGAGAGCUCCUAGACCACCUGGCAAGACAGAACCUCCGUACGGACAACCUCCACUUCCAGCUCAAACGCUGCUGCCCCCCACAGCCCAGAGAGGUGUCCAACCUGCUGGUAGUAACUAAGGAACGAGUGCUGGUCCCCCAGACACCCCUGCAGGAGAGCCAACUCAGCUUCCAUAGGAUCCUCAAGGAGGAGAUCUUACAGGGAGAGCAUUUGGGGCUGGGUACCCGGACGAACAUCUAUGCUGGAGUACUGAAGGUGAAGAGUGCGGAGGAUGAGGAUGCUGGAUACUCUUCCUCUCAGGACGUCAAAGUAGUGCUGAAGGUGCUGGGGUCCGGACACAGGGACAUCUCUCUGGCCUUCUUUGAGACAGCCAGUAUGAUGCGGCAGGUCUCCCAUAAGCACAUCGCCCUGCUCUAUGGAGUCUGUGUACGCCACCUGGAGAAUAUCAUGGUGGAGGAGUUUGUCCAGUUCGGUCCUUUGGAUCUGCUCAUGCGAAGACAACACAGUCCUCUCGGUACCCCAUGGAAGUUCCAGGUGGCCAAACAACUGGCCAGUGCUCUCAGCUACCUGGAGGAUAAGAAGCUGGUGCAUGGCUUUGUGUGUACCAAGAACAUCCUGCUGGCCAGAGACGGAGUGGACAGUGAGGGAGGACCCUUCAUCAAGCUCAGCGACCCCGGCAUACCCAUCACUGUGUUGACCAGAGAGGAGUGUGUGGACCGGAUCCCAUGGAUCGCUCCAGAGUGUGUGAAGGACUCGACCAACCUGAGUGUAGCGGCCGAUAAGUGGGGCUUCGGCACAACACUCUGGGAGAUCUGCUAUGACGGAGAAGUGCCCCUCAAAGACAAGAAACUCACUGAGAAGGAGAGGUUCUAUGCAGCGGAGUGCCAGUUGGCUACCCCAGACUGCAAAGAGCUGGCUGAACUGAUGACUCACUGCAUGACCUACGACCCCCACAAACGCCCCUUCUUCAGGGCCAUUGUCAGAGACAUAGACACGCUGGAGGAGCAGAACCCCUCUAUCAAGCCGGCACCCACUCAGGAGGUCGACCCCACUCUGUUCCAGAAGAGGUUCCUCAAGAGGAUCCGCGAUUUGGGGGAGGGUCACUUUGGCAAGGUGGAGCUGUGUCGGUAUGACCCCAGAGGGGACCGGACAGGGGAGCUGGUAGCAGUGAAGAGUCUCAAACCAGAGAACAGGGAGGAGCAGAGUAACAACCUUUGGAGUGAGAUAGGAAUCCUUAAAGAACUCUACCACGAGAACAUCGUCAAGUACAAGGGCAUCUGCCAGGAGGAGGGAGGCAGAGCCAUCAAGUUGAUCAUGGAGUACCUGCCUGCUGGCAGUCUGAAAGAGUACCUGCCCCAUAACAGAGGACAGACCAGCCUGAAGACCCUGCUUAGCUACGCUGUCCAGAUCUGUCAGGGAAUGGACUAUCUGGGAUCUCGGAAUUACAUCCACCGGGAUCUGGCAGCACGGAAUGUUCUGGUGGAGAACGAGAGCACGGUGAAGAUUGGAGACUUCGGCCUGACCAAGAGCAUCAAGGGCAACGAGGGAUAUUACACAGUCAAAGAUGACCUGGAAAGCCCUGUGUACUGGUAUGCCCCUGAGUGUUUGGUCCACUGUAAGUUCUACCUGGCCUCUGAUGUCUGGUCCUUCGGUGUCACAUUGUACGAGCUGCUCACCUACUGUGAGAACGCCAUCAGCCCCAUGCCGGUGUUCCUGAAGAUUAUCGGUCCUACUCGGGGCCAGAUGACAGUGACGCGAUUGGUCAAGGUGCUGGAGGAGGGGAAGAGGCUGCCCCGUCCUGAUAGUUGUCCUGGAACGGUGUAUGAGCUGAUGAGGAAGUGCUGGGAGAACACCCCCGCGAUGAGGAUCACUUUCAAGAGUCUCAUUGACGAGUUCACCCGCAUGCUCACCAACAGCAGCCUGUAAAACACGGCAGCCACUGACACGCCUUACCUAUGACACAGACAAUCUCAGGAGUAAAGAGUGAAAGGUCAAGGGUCACAGACCAUGGUGACCUGGACUAAUAACCCACAUGUAUCGGAAUCAGUGCGACAAGACACUUUAUUUCACACUGUCGCUGACAUCCUCUAUAUUUUCACUUUUUGUUUUUUAAGAUGCUCUACUAUAGAUCACAUAAUAUAUGGAUGAAUAAAUACAUUGCGUAUAGAAUGAAACACAUCCCAACACGUAGCUUUGACCCCUCACUGUAUGUGACACUGACCCGAGUCACGUUGACAGAUGAAUGAGCCCACUAGCCAACCACUGAGCUGUCCGUCGGCUGAUAUGCCACCUGGGAGCUACCGCAGUGUGACCUUUCACCUUUUUAUUAGAGCGCAUCAGCUCCGCCUUUUUCAUAUUGCUACAUGCAGUAUGUACUCUGUGUGUGGACUUGUAUCAUAAUCAUUAAACCCAGAGGGAGAGGGGUCCUUAGUUGGACCUGUGUAAGAUAUACCAUGAUCCUUCACAGAGAAAAGGUCUAUGUGAGCUCCUUUGUGAGGGAUUGCUGCGGCCACUGUGAAGAUGACACUGUGAAAAAGCCAACCACAUGUAUUUUAGUGACCAGGAUUCUGACAUUCACACCCUGCCCCAUCGGACCAGGGACUGCAUGGAUCCAAGCCACCUCUCUGGGAGUGGUGAAAGAUGAGUGGGAUACAGUAUACUGUAGCAGUGGGUUGGAUUGCAUUAGGGAGAAUGGAUGGGUGAUGACAGUAUCAGUCAAACCCAGACAGCCGCACCUCCCCUUUUUAAGACCGAACCUGUUGCAGCUCCUCUUUAAACGCAGAACUCUGGGUGGAACACUGUAGAACCACCUCGGAACUAGAACCAGCCGAAUAACUUUCUCUCUGGUGUUUCUUUCAUCAUGCGAUGUUCCACGUUCUGUUGUCAACGCUCGUGCACGUAACGCUUGUGAUGGGGUCAGCAUGAAAGAAGAGCCUAUAAACAAUCUGAUUUGAGAACAGUUAACAGGUAAAACCACAGAAAUAGAAUUAGUGGAACAUGUUAUAGCUGUGAGGGGACACUUGAGGGCAGUAUAGUGUUACAUAUUUUAAUCCCAAACUUUUCUGUACUCUGCUCAGAUUUCUAAACAGCUUAAGUAUAGCCAUAAUGUGUAUGUCAGAUAUUGCAUGUCUUUUAUUGAAAUUAUUAUUUUUUUAAUUCUAGAGAAUGACAGAUUGUGUGUGGGGGUGUGUGGAUGGAUGGACAGAAGGAAGGAGACAAAAGAGAAACAUGCUGACUGCACCGGGCACACGCAUGUGUGUGUACCAUCGCGCGCAUUGUGGAUUUUUGUCCAGCCUCAGGUUGAAAUAUCAAAACGAACUCUUAACCAACUAUAUUCAUUUAGGGACAGGUCGAAACACAUGAACAUUUAGCUAGUUAGCUUACUUGGAUAUAAAAAUUGGGUUGUUAUUUUACUGAAAUGCACAAGGUCCUUUUUCCCCCCUGGAUCUUUGUAAAAUUUUGACCCAUUUUGAGUCACACAAAAUUGUGUGUUCUCUACUCUGACAAUUCAUCCACAGAUAAAAUGGGACAUUUUGUUUGUUUCUGGUAA